GCCUCCUAAGUCCUAACAAGCGAACGAGAUUUGGUGAUCUUGUCGACUAAAAAUUGAGAGCCAAUGUCUCCAUCAUCAAGCGCAGGCCCCUCCACGCGCUUUCCCCCUCGCCCUCGCCCUCGCCCUCGCCCUCUUCCUCUUAAACACUCCCACUCCCCACCAGGUCGAGGAGGGAUCGAAACUGUAGCUAGCUAGAGGUUUUAGGCCAUGGCGGGGAGCCCCGGGGAGCGGUCGCUGAAGGAGACGCCGACGUGGGCGGUGGCGCUCGUGUGCGCCGUGAUGGUCCUCGUCUCCGCCGCGAUGGAGCACGGCAUUCACAUUCUAGGAAAGUGGUUUCAGACGCGCCACAAGAAAGCUAUGAGUGAAGCUCUGGAAAAAUUGAAAGCAGAGUUGAUGCUACUGGGCUUUAUUUCCCUACUUCUUACUGCUGGACAAGGGCAGAUAUCCAAAAUCUGCAUUCCUGCGAAAGCUGGUAAUAUCAUGCUCCCCUGUAAGCUGAAGAACGCGACAGAGAGUAACACCGACAGUCGGCGAAGAUUCCUGUCGUAUGGUGAAGAAGCAGUUCGGCGUCGUAUGUUGGUUUCGUCGACAGCAGAUUAUUGCUCUCAGUAUAAAGAUAGAGUGCCACUAAUCUCACAAUAUGGGAUUCACCAACUGCAUAUAUUUAUAUUUGUCCUGGCAGUUUUUCACGUUCUUUAUAGCGUCGUCACAAUGGCAUUAGGGCGAGCAAAAAUGAAAAAAUGGAAAGCAUGGGAGUUGGAGACCACCUCAUUGGAGUAUCAAUUUUCAAAUGAUCCUUCGCGAUUCAGGUUCACCCACCAAACAUCAUUUGUAAAGCGGCAUGUUGGCCUCUCAAGCACCCCUGGAGUUAGAUGGAUAGUGGCGUUUUUUAGGCAGUUUUUUGGAUCAGUAACAAAAGUGGACUACUUGACUAUGAGACAUGGCUUUAUCAAUGCUCAUUUAUCUCCCAACAGCAAGUUUGACUUCCACAAGUAUAUAAAACGGUCGUUGGAAGAUGAUUUCAAAGUUGUUGUUAGCAUCAGCCUUCCAUUGUGGUUCAUGGCAAUCAUCGUUCUGCUACUUGAUGUGCAAGGACUCCAAUUGCUCAUUUGGAUCUCUUUUGUACCGCUGAUAGUUCUCUUGCUGGUCGGGAUGAAGCUGGAAAUCGUCAUCAUGGAAAUGGCCCGUGAAAUUCAAGACCGAACAAGUGUUAUAAAAGGAGCUCCGAUCGUGGAGCCAAGCAACAAGUAUUUCUGGUUCAAUCGACCUCAAUGGAUUCUCUUUCUCAUACAUCUUACUUUGUUUGAGAAUGCAUUCCAAAUGGCGCACUUCUUAUGGACUUUGAGCACAUUUGGCUUGAGAUCAUGCUUCUUUGACAACAUGGGACUUGCUUUGACAAAAGUUAUUGUGGGGAUAGCUCUUCAGUUCUUAUGCAGCUACAUUACUUUCCCGCUCUACGCAUUAGUCACACAAAUGGGAUCACAUAUGAAGAAGGCAAUUUUUGAGGAACAAACAGCAAAAGCGCUUAAGAAGUGGCAGCAAGCAGCGAAAGAGAAGAAAAGGCUCAGAGAUGCAGGUUUAGACACUGCCUCUUUCGGUUACAUAAGUGGAGAGAACACACCGAGCCGAGGAUCGUCUCCCGCACAUUUGCUCCACAAGUACAAGAAGGGCUCAACUGACCCGGAGAGUAAUCCAAGCUCGCCAAGGUUUUUCUGCUCAGAUAGCGAAUUCCCCGAUAUGGAAGCUCCGACACUUGCCAAGCUUGGGCCAAACCCAAAAGCCAAGGAUGUUGAUGUUCCCACCGGUGAAUUCUCCUUUAGUACACAGUUAUGAACUAUUUUUUGGCUAAUCCUUUUCUUUGGAUAGGUAACUCUAUCAUAAACUUUUUGUUUUUGUAUCUCUGUCUUGCCUGUAUAUUAGUCGUCAACAACAAAUGCUUUACGAAUAGUUGUAUUACCAGUUUACCACGAUGGAUGGGUAAUAUAAAACACAUCGAUCCUUUGUACGAAAAACAGCAAGGUAAGUAAUUUUUUUAACUAAUUUACAACAUGUAUAUGAAGUUGCUUUAGGU